AUGACUACUACAGAAGAGAGGCCUACCGGCGAGUAUCGUCAAUAUCUCCCAGAUCUCAGUAUUCCACGCUUUAUGACCAUGAGAACUCAGGAUGCACACGAGUAUGCCCAUGCGUUCAAGACGAAGCACAUUCCACCUUGGCUAUAUGCCCUAUUUGAACAUUGGCGGGAUUUAUACGAGGAGCCAUAUCAAGGCAUUUCUAUAGACGGGACUAUCCGUCAGAAUCUAUUCUCCAUUCAAGAUGAAGAAUUACCCGUUGAAGAUAUCGUUGCCUCAGUUCAAGACCUAUUCAGGCUUCUGAAUGAUGAACAACGUAAAGCCCUCUCAUAUCACAUUGACUCCCCAGAAUGGCGAACAUGGUCCAACCCGGAAUUCCUUCUCACCCCUAAGGGCCUGCGCCUGGACGAAGUUGAGGUCCUCAUCCGAGACGCCAUCUUGAGAGUUCUCGAAAAAACCCUUUCUCCUGAAGGUUACGACAAAGCUGUCAAAGCAAUGAGAAUCAAUCACUUCCUAGGCGAACUGGUUGAAGCUCCUAAAGUCAUGAAUGAAUAUUCUUACAACUUUGCUAUCUUCGGAAGACCUUCCACUACACGGCCAUGGGGAUGGACGUUUUAUGGCCAUCAUCUCUGUCUGAAUAUCUUCAUCUACAAGAGGCAGAUUGUUGCUAGUCCAUGGUUCACCGGUGCCGAGCCCAAUGAAAUUGACUCUGGUCCUUACAAGGGUACACGUAUCCUGCAAGUUGAAGAAACUCUCGGUCUCCAACUUAUGCAAUCCCUACCAACUGAAGUACAGCAACAAGCUCAAACAUAUAAGAAGAUGAAUGACCCUGAAAUGACUCCUGGCCGCACUAACAAGGACGAUCAACGACAUCUGUGCGGCGCAUAUCGUGAUAACCGGCAGAUCCCAUAUGAGGGCGUUCUCGUCUUAGACUUCACCUCCAGACAAAAAGAACUCGCUUAUGGGAUCCUGGAGCAUUACCUUCUCUACCUCCCUCGACGAUCGCGGGAACUCAAAAUUGAACAAAUAAAGAAAUACGAGACAGAAACAUACUUCUCUUGGAUUGGCGGGUUUGGAAAUAACGAUCCAUUCUAUUAUCGCAUACAAAGUCCCGUUAUUCUAGUUGAAUUUGACCAUCACUCGGGUGUGUUCUUAACGAAUGAGGAACCAAAGAAGUUUCAUAUUCAUACCUUGCUUCGAACACCCAAUGCAGGUGAUUAUGGGUAUGCAUUGAGGCCGCUGAUUCCACCGGUUGAAAAUACAGUUGCGAAGCCUAUCACUUGGGACUAA